UUUUUUUUUUUUUUUUUUUUUUUACCAACAACAAGCCUGAACGCAUGCAUGCAUGUCCGUUUUUGAAUGUCUAUUUGCGUGUGUUUUAUAUGCAUAUGAGUUAUUCCCUAAGAUAGUCCACAGCUUCCAUUUGCCUCACACUCUCCCCCGCUGCGGUAUGGCAGCAGCAGCGGCAGUAGAAGCGCCGGAGGACCGCAGCAGCAGUGGAGGAGGUGGAGGAGGUGCUGCUGCAGGUGGAGGUGAGCAGGGAGCGCUUACAGGUGAAGGUGAACCGGAGGAGGCCGAGGAGUUCACCUGCUCGGCCCACUGCUCGGAGCUCUCCCGCAGGCAGAACGAGCAGAGGAAGUCGGGGUUGUUCUGCGACGUCACGUUGGUGUUCAGCUCCAGGGAUGGAGGUGGAGGUGGAGAUGGAGGUGGAGGUGGAGAUGGGGAGGAGAGGGUCCAAACCUUAACCGCGCACCGCUCCGUGUUGUCCGCGGCGUCCGAGUACUUCACGCUGCUGCUGGGCGGACAGUUUUCAGAGUCUGUGUCGGGGAGAGUGGAGCUGAAAGAAUGGAGCUCGGAAACGGGACCCGAUCCAGACACUGUGGAGAGCAUCAUACAGUUCAUGUACACGGGACACAUCAGGGUAACCACUGCCAGUGUGCAUGAGGUGUUGGAGCUUGCUGACAGGUUCCUGUUGGUGGAGCUGAAGAUCUUCUGUGGAGAGUUUCUGAUGGAGAAGUUGAACUUAUCGAACUGUGUAGCCGUACACAGCCUCGCCCACAUGUACACCUUGGACCGGCUGGCCCAGGGAGCCGCCAAGACCAUUCGAAGAAACUUCCACAAAAUUAUCUGCAACGAGGAAUUCUUCACGCUACCGUUUCACCUGGUGCGGGACUGGCUGUCGGACACGGGCAUCACUGUGGAUUCCGAAGAGGAGUUGUUUGAGGCCAUAGUAAAAUGGGUGUACCAAAAUGCAGAGGAGAGAGGGAAGCAUUUCGAGGAGCUGUUCAGACUUUUAAGACUUCCUCAGAUUUCUCCUACCUACCUGACGCGGGUAGUGAGAAAGGAGCCCUUUGUGGCAAACAAUGCAGCAUGUCAGCAGCUGGUGUCUGAUGCCCUUGAGGUCCACGCUGUUCACUUCGAGAACCUCCACCAGUCAGCUGAUUUAGAGCUCUGUGCCUCUUACAAUGCAGCAAUGCAGCCUCGUCUUGGCCAGAACAUGGAUGUAAUCAUGGUAGUGGGUGGUGUAUCGGAAGGUGGAGACUAUUUGAGCGAGUGCGUGGGCUACUUUGUUGCUGAGGACCGUUGGGUAAACCUGCCACACAUUCACAACCACCUUGACGGACAUGCCAUUGCCGUCACUGACGGCCAUGUUUAUGUGGCAGGCUCAAUGGAGCCAGGCUUCGCCAAGACGGUGGAGCGCUUCAACCCCAACCUCAACACCUGGGAGCAGGUCAGCAGCUUAACCACUCGCAAGCACUCCUUCGGCCUAACGUGUGUCAAAGACUUACUGUACAGCAUCGGUGGUCAUGGUAACUUCAGUCCAGGCUUUAAGGAUGUUACUGUCUACGAGCCUGAGCAGGACGAGUGGCACAAUCUGGAGCCAGCACCGAAGAUACUACGAGAUGUAAAAACAGUGAGCAUAGAGGACCGCUACAUAUACGUGAUGGCCAGGACUCCCGUAGACAUGGACAAUGAGGACGGACUGAGCACCGUGACCACCUGCUACGACACAGAGAGUCACAAGUGGCAGGAAGUGGACUCCUUACCGCUGAUCGACAAUUACUGUAGUUUUCAAAUGGCUGUCGCUUCAACCAACUUCUACCACACAGCUUCUUGCUGCGCGAAGAGCUAUAAGGUAACAGCUGAGGCCGCACAGCAGAAAAUAAGCAGGAACAUCUCUGACGACAUCCUCCACAGCCUCCCUCCAGAGGUCCUCAGCAUGGAAGGGGCUGCUGUUUGCUACCUGGGUGAAGACAUAUUCAUCAUUGGCGGAUGGAGAAACUGCAACAACAUGGACAAGCAGUACCGCAAGGAGGCCUACCGUUACUGCGCUGAGAAGAAGCGCUGGAUGCUGCUGCCACCAUUGCCUCAGCCACGGUGCCGGGCCGCGGCCUGCCACGUCCGCAUCCCGUACCAUUGUCUUUAUGGUUGCCAGCACUACCCCAUGCCCCAGAACCUGGCUCGCCAGCGAGACCGCAUGCAACAGAUGCAGCAGCUCCAUCGCCGCACACUCACUCUGCGUAGACAGCUGCAAUCUCAAAUCGAAUGUUGAGAGCUUCCUCUAGUUAGCACUUAAUCUGCUGAUAAAUGCCUUGUUGUUACCACAAAAACUUUAGCUUAUUUAUCUCUUCUUCGUUUGCCUUUAUUAAGAUUAAAAUGCCUGCACGGCUUUACCUUGGGCUGGUUUAAAAAAAUAAAUAAGAAUUAGCUAGACAUGCUUCUAAAUGAUCAGUCUCACAUUAUAAUUUUGGCCUUACAUGUUUAGCUUAUGCCUUACUUUUAUUCUGCUAUUAAAUGAAACUGUGAUUGCUGUGACUUUUUCUGGAAAGAUUGUUGAUUUCAAACAACUUAGCUUAACUUUUUACUUGUGGUCUAUGUUAACACCUAAUGAAGUCAUCAUACUGUGUUUUGUGAUGCAAGUUAGUUGCACCUCAUAUCAAAGACAUUUUUGGGUGAAAUCUGGUCAAGUUCAGUGUUGAGAUGUAAACUUAGCAAAGUAAAUCAUGUCUAUGUUUAUUAUGAUGUAUGUCAGAAGAAAAUCAUUAAGUGGAGUUUAGAUAGAAGAUAGUAAACUUACUGUUACAACCAGCUGAUUAACUUUUUUCUCUUCUCGCUACUUGCAUCGGAUUUCUCUUCUACCUCCAGUUUCCAUCAAGCCAUUUUUGCAAUGUAUUUAAAUGUUUAUCGUCUUAAGUAUGUAUGUUUGUGUGCCCCACUUGAAACAGACAAUCAUGAAGUUAUUUUAGCAAGACUUAAGUGUUGAGCAAAGCACAUAUAGGGGAACAGAGUGUUCAAUGAUUAUUCAUUUCCCACUUUUUUUGCCAUUCCAAUGGAUGUUUAUGUAUGAUUUAAUAUGGCUGGUCAAAAAUUGCUUUAUUUGAUUUGCAAGAUUGUUGCAUUGCUUGAAAGAAAGACCAGCAUAGUCAUGAUGAGAUGUCACUUUAAGCAACAGGAGUUCUUUUUUAUCUUGAUCUUAUUUAAAUUGUCCCACAUCAUGUUGGGAGGACACUGACUAAUGACUCCAGUGCUUUAAGGCGGUGGCUUUGUGGAGUUAAUUUGUUUGUGGUUUUUGUAGACUAAUUUGUUUUGUUUUUUCUGCCUUUGUGCUUCUGGCAGAAUUUCCGUUGUCUUAACUUUGUUUCACUGCAGUAUGAAAUGUGUCAAACAUAUAAAUCCAGGAGGUUGAUAUGUGUUUGUGCAUGGUUUUCUCCAUGUUCCCAACUGUGCCAUGAAAUCCCAGCUUCCCCUUAUUAAUACAGUUCAAUUUACUGUAUUCCCUGCACUGGAGGACCUUGAAUGUUAACUUAUACAUUGUACAGUGUUGCUUUUUGACUACAAUCAUCUGAUUCAAAGCUGUUGUGUGGACCAGUUGCUGAGUUCAGUUUAUCUGUUGAAACUGCUACUGCCCGUGGUAUCUCCAGCCAAGCUCUCUAUAGAUAUUGCCUAAUUAGGCUUUGUGAGCCUAACCGUUUUCCACUACCACACUAUACUACUGUGAACAGUAUCAAUUGAUGAAUGGAAAUAAGUAGAUCAGUUGUAUGUGGAGUUUUUUAAUUUCGAUGAAUUUGUUUUAAGCCUCAGUUUCAGUACAUUGAACCACAGGAGCAGAGCAGACAUAGACAUAGGCAGAUUUAGGCUGUGGCGAUAGCAUACCAAUUUCACAUUUGAGGUUUGUGUUUUUAUGUUUAGAUUUUGGUCCAAAUUUGAUCAUUGGAGAGUUUGAUAAAAGUAUGAUUUGGCAGUGCCAUAUUUUCAGAUUUCAUGCAUUCACAUGUAAUGUGUUCUAUAUGGUGUCAUUCCAUUUGUAGUGCAAGAGCAAAAGGACGUAAUUUGCAAU